UCUACACCAACUGUACAUUACAAGGUGCUGUAUCUGUUUUAUUCUGGCAGUUAAUCAUGGAUCAAGUAAUGCAAUUUGUGGAGCCCAGCCGGCAGUUUGUGAAAGAUUCCAUCAGGCUUGUUAAAAGAUGCACAAAGCCAGACAGGAAAGAAUUCCAGAAGAUUGCCAUGGCGACAGCAAUAGGUUUUGCAAUAAUGGGAUUUAUUGGUUUCUUUGUAAAACUGAUUCAUAUCCCCAUCAACAACAUCAUUGUGGGUGGUUGAAUGCAUCGGAAGGUCUUGCCCCUCAGUAUCUCAUGCGGUGGCAUAAGAAAACGUUGCUUUCUGGCUUAAUAAUUCACCUAGUUAACUGCAUCUUUUUACUACUUGCUAAGAUAAAUCAGGUUUUAAACUGAAAA